AUGGGAAAAACAAACGAUUCAGUUCAGAAGAGGUAUCGAAAUGUUCGAGCCGAUCCCGCCCAUCUGUCUCACUAUCUCUGUUAUUUUUGCGGUAAAUUGAUGUCAAAUCGAAUGGAUUAUCAGGUGCACAUGCUGAAAGUGCAUGAAGUAAUGUCACAAACCUAUCAACUGUGGUCAGACCACACCAUGGACACGCUAGGAUUGAGAUGGAGCGAAACGAAAGGAAUAGACGAUCGAGAAGUUCCUUGUUCUCUUCCCCCAUCUCCGUUGUCAAGAGAAUCGAAGGCGAGAAAUUCGGAAGACGACGAUGAGGACUACGUUUAUGAAGAUGAGAAGCCAGCGAAGAAAAGAAGAAAGGACGAAGCGAGAAGGGCGAUGGCUGUUAAACAGAAGCAAGCAGCUGAAGAUCAACGAAGAAAAGCAGAAGCAGCAGCAGAAGAACGUCAGAAGAAAGCAGAAGAAAAGCGUCUGGAAAAGAAUAGAAGAGAUGCUGAGAGAAGGAAGAAUGAAGCGACGAAACGGGCGAUACAACAACAGCAACAACAGGCAGCAAUGUUGGCAGCUCAGGAAAGAGAGCAAAAGGAUCAAACGGCGAAGCGGCUGAGUCUGAUGGAGAUGGGAGAGUUGGAAAUGCAGGGAAUGCCUAUAGUGGAUGAUAAGAAGAAGAGGAAACGUCCAGAGAGUACACCAAAAAGACAGCCACGAGUAAGACAGAAUUCAGAAGAUGACCAAGAAGUUAUCGAUCUGGUGACGUCGAUUAUGGCGGAGAGUAAGAAGAAGGAGGCGUCGAGUCAGGAGGUUAUCGAGGAGGAUUUGACUCCAGAGAUUGUCGAUCGAAAGCCAUUUGAUUACUCAAAAGCGACUACAAAGUACUGCAAAGUGUGCAAAAAGGGCAAUCACUACACAUUCCCGUCGCUUUUCGAGCACUACCAAGAUCAUCAUCACGCAGUCAUUAAAUCGUUCGACUACUACGGUUAUUUCAACAAAAAGUUGAUAGGAAAGAAGCAUUUGUUGGAGAGAGACUUCUGUCAGCGAUGCAUGAUUCAGUUUCCACGUGUCAGGGACUACUACACUCAUAUGAUUCAGUAUCAUAUUCACGAGAGUGUCCGUUGUCAGUUGGAUUUCGAAAACGCGAACAACGCGGACGUCGAGGUGCGAAUGGUGUUCCGUGAUCGUAUCCUAACCCUUGGCUACAAUUUCUACUUCCAAGAAGAUCAACAAACUGCCAGCAGUUCGGAUAUCGCCGAUUUCCAAGCUGCCACGAUUCCAGCCGAAGUCAACGAACCGAGCACAUCUGCCUCCCAACAAGCACACUUCUAUGAGCAUAAUCAUGAUGAGCCGAUGGAGGUGGAACAGCCGAUACAAUUGGAGCAACCACCAUCCGAUUCAGGAUUGACGGAAGUCAAUCCGAAUGAUGUUAAGCCGGAGCCGUCAUUUUUCUAA